CAGCGAGCGCCACCAGCCCGGGGGGCGGUGAGAGGGGAGUGCACACCUCAUUUCCGUUUGCCCUCGGCCACAUCCGAUCAACCUGCACGCUGAAGCCUCUCCUGCGGAGCUGAUGGAGGCAGAAAUCACGCAGCUCUCUCCGCAGCCCGAGGACGCCCACCCCAGCAUAGCGGACUACAGGAAACUCACCCACCUGCACUGCAUGAACGGAGGGUACCAGCUGCUCAUUCUCCCCGACGGAGCAGUGGGAGGAACCAGGGAUGAGAACGACCCCCACAGUGUAUUGCGGAUUAAAGCUGUGAGUCCUGGAGUGGUGGUCAUUGAGGGAAUAGAGGCUGGACGUUUCCUCUCUAUGAGUGAGGAUGGCACACUGUAUGGCUCAUUGUCAGUAACAGAUGAAAGUUACUUCUUGGAGAAAAUAGAGGAGAACCACUACAACACGUACCGCUCACAGAAGCAUGGCCCAAACUGGUACGUGGGAAUAAAAAAGAAUGGAAAACCGAAAAACGGCUCCAGGACUCACAUCGGACAGAAGGCCAUUUUCUUCCUCCCUCGACAGCUGGCCCAAACGAAAGACUGAGGCCCGACACUCACUGGCUAAUGAGUAGCAGUGCCAGUACAGGGUUUACUGUACAAGUACAUGAACCCAGCUAACUUCAGUCUCGCAACACACACAGAGCACUUCACUUACUACACUUACAGCAUUCCAAAGGCAUGUGGACACCGUCUUUAGUGCAGUUUCUCCUUGAUCAUAUUAACAUUGUCGUUCCAAAACUUUUAAGGCGUAUUUAUUAUCAAACCUCAGACUGAAAUAGCGAGCUAUUACAGACAGACACAUGAUAUGCUGCUUACAGAAUUGUGAAUGUAUGCCAAGCUAAACCUCACUGAAAAUGAUUUACUUGUAUUUACUGUGAUGGGGAGAAAGUUUUUACCUCUAUUUUAACUCCAGUUUACACACGUUUAAGUCUUUGUUCUUAUAAACCUGCACUGUUGUUCCAGACUUGAUGAAAUAUAAUAAACCCUCUCUAUAGACUGAUAU